AUGCAUCGUCUUCCUCUCCCCCUGCUGUUCCUUCUCCUGUGCUCCAGAGCUGAAGCUGGCAAGAUCAUCGGAGGCACAGAAUGCAAGCCACACUCCCGCCCUUACGUGGCCUACCUGGAAACUGUCACUUCCCAGCAUACCCUGGUGACCUGUGGUGGUUUCCUGAUAAGACGGGACUUUGUGCUGACAGCUGCUCACUGUGCAGGAAGGUCUAUAACAGUCACCCUUGGAGCCUAUAACAUAAAGGAGAAAGAAGACACAUGGCAGAAGCUUGAGGUUGCAAAACAAUUCCCUCAUCCAAAAUAUGGUGACUGAAAUACUCAUUAUGACAUCAUGUUACUAAAGUUGAAGAAGAAAGUCAACCUGACCCUGCCUGUGGGGACACUCCCCCUUCCACCCCAAUUCAACUUCAUCCCACCUGGGAGGAUGUGCCUGGUGGCUGGCUGGGGAAUGACAGAAGCAGAGGUAUUGGACUCCAACACUCUGCAAGAGGUGAAGCUGCGACUCAUGGAUCCCCAGGCCUGCAGACAGUUUAUGACUUUUGACCACAAUCUCCAGCUGUGUGUUGGCAAUCCAAGGAAGACAAACUCUGACCCACGGGGAGACUCAGGGGGUCCUCUUCUAUGUGCUGGGGUGGCCCAGGGCAUUGUCUCCUAUGGCCGGGUGGAUGCAAAGCCUCCUGCUGUCUUCACUCGGAUCUCCCAUUACCGGCCCUGGAUCAAUGAGGUCCUCAAGGAGAAUUAA